UCAAUUACUCUCAUUGAUUCAACGUUCUGCUUGUAAAUGCAUUUACAGGGAUGGCAAAUCCAGCUUCAACUUCUGAGACCAUGGCUACUAACUACGACAUCUUUCUGAGUUUCAGGGGUGAAGACACGCGUCAUGGAUUCACAGGUCAUCUCUAUGAUGCUCUCUGCCGCAACGGAAUCAACACCUUCAUCGAUGAUGAGAAUCUCAGAACAGGAGAAACAAUUCGACCUCAACUCCUUCAUUCCAUUGAAGCCUCAAAGAUCUCCAUUAUUGUUUUCUCAACAAACUAUGCAGCUUCAACUUGGUGCCUUGAUGAACUCGUCCAGAUCCUUCGGUGUCACAGGGAAAGGUACCAACUUGUGUUUCCGGUCUUCUACAAAGUAGAGCCCUCAGAUGUACGGCAUCAGAGGAACACUUACAAGGAAGCCAUGGAUGCUCAUGAAAUCAGGUUUGGUUGUCACUCUCAGAAGGUGAAAGAAUGGAAGGAAGCUUUGGCUGAAACAUCCAACAUGAAAGGAUUUCAUUUAAAACAAGGGUAUGAAUUCAAGUUUAUUCAAGAAAUUGUAGGCAAGGCAUUGACUCAUAUACCUCCAAGACAAUUGCUUAUUGAGGAUCAUAUGGUUGGAUUGCAAACUCGAGUUGUAGAAGUGAAGUCACAUCUAUAUUCUUGGUACAGGGUAUUAUCCAGUAGCGAAUCACCCAAAACAAAGUUCUAUAAUAACAAUACCAUGUUGGGGAUUGUUGGAAUUGGUGGGAGUGGAAAGACGACACUUGCCAAAGCCUUGUAUAACUCCAUCUGCGACCAGUUUGAAUGUGCUUGUUUUCUUUUCAAUGUUAGAAAAAUUUCAGAUCAAGAAGAGGGCCUAGUACAUCUACAGAAAAUGCUCCUCUCAGAAUUGCUUGGGGGAGAAAAUAAGGUCCGCAGUGUUGAGAAAGGAAUCACUAUGAUCAAAGAGAGACUUAGGGAAAGAAAAGUUCUUAUUGUUCUUGACGAUGUUGAUAAGACAGAACAAUUAAAAGCAUUGGCAGGAGAAUGUGAUUGGUUUAGUCAGGAGACUCGAAUUGUUAUAACAACAAGGGAUAAAUAUCUUCUAACAGCUCAUGAAAUCGAAAAGAUUUACGAGAUGAAAUUGCUAAGUGACCCUGAAUCUCUACUGCUCUUCUGUUGGAACGCCUUCAAAAUGAGAAGGCCCAAAGCAAACUAUGAAGACCUAUCCAAUCAAGCAAUACAUUAUGCCCAGGGUCUCCCAUUAGCCUUAAAGGUUAUAGGGUCAAAUUUGAUUAAUAAAAAUUUAGAAGAGUGGAAGUCUGCUUUGGACAAAUAUGAGAAGAAUCCUCCUAAAGACAUUCAAAGUGUUCUUAGAGUAAGCUAUGAUAGUCUUGAAGGCAAUGAAAAGGAUAUUUUUCUUGACAUAGCAUGCUUCUUCAAUGGGAAGAAAUGGGAAUAUGUAAAAAAUGUAUUAGAUGGAUGUGGUAUGUUUACAGAAGAUGGUAUUAGAAUACUAGUUGAUAAAUCUCUCGUAACUAUCAAAGAUGGUUACUUGAGGAUGCAUGAUCUAAUACAGAAUAUGGGUAGAGAGAUUGUGAAGCAGGAGGCACCAAAAGAAGUUAGAGACCGCAGCAGAUUAUGGUUUCAUGAAGAUGUUCUUGAGCUACUACCCGAUGAUAAAGAAAAUAAAAAAAUUGAAGGAAUAAAGCUUGUUCAAUGUGAAGAACAUGAUUGGACUGACACUGCCUUUGAAAAGGUGAAGAAACUUAGAAUUCUCAUUCUUCGGAACACAAACCUUUCAUGUCAGACUAUUCCUCUACCUGAGCAAUUAAGGCUGCUUGAUUGGAAGGGGUACCCUUCAAAUUCUAUUCCGUCCAACUUAAAAAAAAUUGUUGCCUUCAGUUUACGUCAUAGUCCUCUCAUGUUGGAAAAGCCGUUUCAGAACUUUAAGCAUUUGACUUACAUGAAUUUCUCCCAUUGUGAAUCCAUCACUCAUUUUCCUAAUGUAUCUGAAGCCCGAAGUUUAAGAAAAUUGAUACUCAAUGGAUGCAUAAACUUGGUUAGGUUUGACGAAUCAGUUGGAUUUCUCCCAAACCUUACAUAUUUGAGAGCUUCAAAGUGCACUAAAUUAAGAAAGUUUCUUUCAAGAAUUUGUCUGCCUUCACUAGAGCACCUUUCCUUUAACUGGUGUCGAAGACUUGGACUCUUCCCAGACAUAGUGGGAAAGAUGGAUAAGCCAUUAAAGAUUUGUUUGAAAGCUACUGCUAUUCAAGAGCUUCCAGAUUCCUUUGUUGAUCUUGUAGGACUUCUCUAUUUAGAUUUGACAAGUUGCGAGAAACUUGGUUAUCUUCCAAGCAGCUUAUUUAUGCUGCCAAAUUUUGUCACAUUGAAAGUUGGAGGAUGCCCUCAACUUGGUGGAUCAUUUGCAAGAUUCAGAGAAAGCCUUGCAACUACUGCAGAGUGCCGUCCAAGUUUAAAAACUCUGCAUUUAAGCCAUGCAAGUUUAUGUGACGAAGAUCUUCAUGUAAUUAUGCAGAGUUUUCCGAACUUGGAAGUCUUAAAUGUUUCAUCAAACAACUUUGUAUCUAUUCCAGCAUGCGUUCAAGAAUCGUCCUACUUGACAAGUUUGGAUUUGAGUUACUGCCUAAAUCUUCAAGAAAUUCCGGAACUUCCCUCUAGUGUUAGGAAAGUGGAUGUGAGACACUGCAGUUUCUUAAGUGCAAACACAACAAAUAUGCUAUGGGCACAGGUGCGCAAAGAGAUACAUAAAUUACAAGUUGUGAUGCCAACUUCCAAUACAGAGAUUCCAGAAUGGUGGGACUAUCAUGGAAGUUGGCAGGGCUAUCCACGGUACCUGAAUUUCGAGGUACGUGGCAAGUUCCCUGUUGUGGCUUUGGCGUUUGUGUUUGGAGAAAUGAACUAUCAACCUGUUGGUCUGCACUUGUCCAUUGACUCUAGAGAUUACUCUGCAUACCAACCAUCGCAUAAUUUCACAGUUGCCGAAAAUCAUGUGUUGUUGUGUGACCUACGAGUAUUGUUCAGUGAUGAGGGGUGGAAGAGACUUGAUGCACAUGCUGAGCAUGGUAACAAAUGGAAGACAGUGAAGGUGAAGUGUGUACCAGACAUCAUCCCAGUUCAAUGGGGAGUGUAUGUUUACAAGGAAGAAACAAGCAUGAAAGGUAUCCGCUUUAGUGGGUCGCAACAAUUCGGGUUGGAGAGUGUACCUCGUAGUCCAGGGAGUUUGACGAAGAAGAGAUUAUCUUCUGCUGAGGAACUUGCCAUCAUUGCUAGCUUCCCAGAAAGCCUCCAAACUGUGGUAGAAAAGUUGAAGAGGCUUAUGGCUCCAAUAGAAGAAGACCAAUGCUUGAGCUUAAUGCUACAAGACGGAGAUGAGGAGGACGAAAAUGAGGAUGAUGGAGAGGAAGGGGAGUCAGACAUCGAAGCUUACAUAACAACCAUUGCAAACUUCAGAUCUGUCAGUGUUGAAGGUACAUGGGCAUCGAUUCAUUGUUCUUGGAUGUUGGAUGAACUCUACCAAACAGCAUAUGCCUCCAAAAGUUUAUCUUGCAACAGCUGGUUGGCUAAUACAUACAAAUCCAUUGCCUUGAGCACAUCAUUACAAUACUUUAACUUCUGCUUCUACUUACUGCUAUUAUUAUUUUUAUCAGUGCACAUAGUGAUGGCAAAUCCAGUUGAAGAAAUAGAAACUGGUUCUGAGACCAUCAGCAACAGCAGCAGCAGCAGUUACGAUAUUUUUCUGAGUUUUAAGGGUGAAGACACGCGUUACGCCUUCGCCGGUCAUCUCUACUAUGCCUUGUGCCGCAAGGGAAUCAAAACCUUCAUGGAUAGCGAGGAUCUGAGGGUGGGAGAAACGACUCGACCUCAACUCUUUCAGGCCAUUGAAGAAUCCAAGGUUUCAAUCGUUGUUUUCUCCGAGAACUAUGCAGAUUCCACUUGGUGUCUUGAUGAACUUGCCAAGAUCCUCGAAUGUCAGGAGGAAAAGGGCCAGCUUGUGUUUCCCAUAUUCUACAAAAUAGAGCCUUCAGAUGUACGGCAUCAGAGAAACAGUUAUAGGCUUGCCAUGGCUGCUCAUGAAAAUAAGUUUGGUUGUUACUCUGAGAAGGUGCAGAAGUGGAAGUCGGCCUUGCUUGGAGUAUCUAACAUAACAGGAUAUCAUUUAAAAGAAGGGUUCGAAUUCAAGUUCAUUCAAGAUAUUGUCUGCAAGGCCGCCACAAAAAUUUCUCCUAAACAGAUACCUUUGGAGGAGAAUGUAGUUGGACUGCAGUUUCGAGUUGCAGAACUGAAGUCACUCUUAGAUAUUGAGUCUAACAACACUUUCAUGUUGGGGAUCAUCGGAACCGGUGGAAUUGGCAAAACAACACUCGCUAAGGUUUUCUAUAACUCCAUUUGCAAUGAAUUUGAGGGUGCUUGUUUUAUUUCCAAUGUCAGAAAAGCUUCCAACCAAGACAAGGGGAGAAUAUUCCUGCAACAAAAGAUCCUGUCAGAUGCUCUUGGGGUGCAAAAGAUCAAGUUGGACAGUGUUGAAAAAGGAAUACAUACAAUAAAAGCCAAUCUCAGCACAAAAAGAGUUCUCAUAGUUCUAGAUGAUGUUGACAAGAUAGAACAGUUGAAAGAAUUAGCAGGAGGAUGUGACUGGUUUGGUCUUGGGAGCAGAAUCAUUGUAACAACAAGAGAUAAACAUUUGCUGGUGGCUCAUCAGAUCGGAAGGAUUUAUGAAAUGGAAAUGAUGAAUGAUCGAGAAUCACUUGAGUUGUUUUGUCAGAAUGCCUUCAAGAUGAGUACUCCUGCUAGAAACUAUGAAGACUUGUCGAAUCGAGCAAUACGUUAUGGAAAAGGUCUUCCAUUAGCUUUAAAAGUCAUAGGCUCAGAAUUGAUUGGUAAAGAUCUGCAAGUGUGGGAGUCUUCUUUGGACAAAUAUGAGAAGAAUCCUCAUGGAGAUAUCCAAAAUAUUCUUAGAAUAAGUUAUGACAGUCUUGAACGCAAUGAAAAGGAAAUUUUCCUUGACAUUGCAUGUUUUUUCAAUGGGCAGAGAUUGAAAUAUGUUAAAAGAAUACUAGAUGGCUGUGACUUUUACACAGGCAGUGGUAUUAAAAUACUAGUUGAUAAAUCUCUCAUAACCAUUGAAAAUGGUUACUUGAGGAUGCAUGAUCUAACACAAGACAUGGGUAGAGAGAUUGUGAAGCAAGAGGCACCAAAAGAGUCUGGUGAACGCAGUAGGUUAUGGCUUUGUAAAGAUGUUCUUGAAGUACUAACUGAAAAUAGGGAAAAUAGUAAAACUGAAGGAAUGAAACUAGAUUGCUAUGGAGAAGUCAACUGCUGUGAUGAUACCUUGGAGAAAAUGAUGAAACUUAGAGUUCUCAUUGUUCACAAUGCAAGCUUCUCCUCAAAGCGUAUUCGUCUUCCCAAUACAUUAAGACUAGUUGAUUGGAAAGGGUACCCUUCAACAUCUUUUCCACCAGCAGGAUUUAAUCCCAGUAAAAUUGCUGCCUUCAAUUUAACUUGUAGUUCUCUUGUAUUAAAGAAGCCAUUUCAGAAAUUUGAUCAAUUGACUUACAUGAACUUCUCCUAUUGCCAGUCCAUCACUCAAUUUCCUAGUGUGUCUGGAGCCCCAAAUUUAAGAGAUUUGGUACUUGACGGAUGCAAGCAAUUAGUUAAGAUUCAUAAUUCAGUUGGAUUUCUCUCUAAACUUGUUUAUUUGAGUGCUUCAGACUGCACUCAACUAAGGAGUUUUCUACCAGAAAUCUUUCUACCAUCUCUUGAAUAUCUUUCUUUUGACUUGUGUAAAAGACUAACGCAUUUGCCAAGGUUGAGAGAAAACAUGGAUAAACUAUUAAAGAUUUCUGUAAUACAUACUGCUAUUAGAGAGCUUCCGCUAUCUUUCGCUAGCAGUCUUUGUGGGCUCGAAUAUUUAGACAUGACAAAUUGUAAGCAACUUCAAUGUGUAUUUACAGGAUGGUUUCCAAAGCUUCGAACAUUGAAGAUUGGAGGGUGUUCUCAACUUCGGAAAUCAUUAAAUGUAGAUACAUUUUUUCUUCUAGAAUAUCGUUUGAUGAGUUUGCAUCUUAGCAAUGCAAGUCUAUCAGAUGAUGACCUUGAGAAAAUUAUGCAGAUGUUUCCCUAUUUAAAAGACUUAAUUGUGUCCUCAAACUGCUUUGAGAAAAUCCCGUUUAAACACUCCUUUUUCUGGACAAGUCUUGAUGUUAGUUACUGUCUAAGCCUUAAAUAUGUUUUAGCACUUCCUUCUAGCAUUCAAAAAGUAGAUGCAAGACACUGCAAUUCCUUAAGGACAUACUCAUCAUCCACGCUAUGGUCACAGAUGCGCAAAGAGAUAAAAGGAUUGCAAAUUGUGAUGCCGAAGACACAACUUCCAAAAUGGUUAGACUAUUGUGACUCUGGAGGGAUCCCCUUCUUAUGGGCACGUGGCAGGUUCCCUGUAAUGGCUCUAGUGUUGGAGUUUGGCAAAAUGGACUACCAAGAUAUUAGUCUGCAUUUGUUCAUUGACGAUGAGCAUAUAUACAGCCAGCGCCCUCAAAGGCAUAGUUUUGCUCUUGCAGAGGAUCAUGUGCUCUUGUGUGACCUGCGACUACUAUUCAGUGAUGAGGAGUGGAAGAGGCUUGAUGUGCGUCUUGGACAUGAUAAUGAUUGGAAGGCAGUGCAGGUGAAGUGUGAAGCAGGCUUGAACUUAAGACAGUGGGGAGUUUAUGUGUACAAGAAUGAAACAAACAUGGAUGAUAUACAAUUCCCGUGUCCUUAUUAUCAUGAAGAAGAGUCAUUCCUGGAGGCUGUGACAACACCACCAAGUGAUGAGAUGGAGGAAGAAACUCUAGCGGCAGUCUCAAGUAGAAAGGAAGAAUGGUCAUCCCCUGAAUUAUCUGAUGAUGAUUCAAAUCAUGAUAAUCGUUCCCCUGGAACUUGUAGCCUUUGUUGUUCGGCAUUAUUGUCAAGCUUCAAGAAGCGGCUUUGCUGUUGUAAGGUGAGAAGGACAAGAAGUACUUCAUGGUGGAUAGUUUUAUGGAAUCAAUGGAGACGGAGGCAGAGGAGGCUAAGGGAAGAGGAGAGAAACUGGGAAGAAGAGAGAAAAAUGGAGAGAGACAUGAGACGGCAGAAGGAGAGUAUGGCAAAUGAAGCAAUGCAGAGAGAUAUGGAAGAGUUGUUGGAGAACAUAAUGGUGGAGGAGGUCCAGCUGAAGAAAGAGAGAUCAGAGACGUGUGGAAGUCAGAGAGAGGGGAGAGAAAGGGGACAGAUUGAAGAGAAAGAGGACAUGGAAGAGGACGAGAGCAAGAGGUGGAGGGAUAGAAGGCAGACAAUAGAAGAGACAUGGAUAGAGGAAAGGCAGCAGAAGGCAGAGAAAGAGACAUGUUUGAGUCAAAGAGAGGAUAUAAAAAUGGACGUAGAGGAGGACAAGAGCAAGAGGUGGAGGGAGGGAAAACAAAAGAUGGAAGAGACGUGGAUAGAGGAAAGACGGCAGAAAGAAGUGGUUGAAGAGACGUGGAUGGGGGAAUUUGAUUGGAGUGUGAUGAAGAUGGAGGUUGAAACGAAAAGAAGACGAGAGAAGAUGAGAGAAAAGGAAGAAGAAUGGAGGGAAAAGCAGUUGGAUGUGACAAGGGCGAUCUCUUCACAUCAUGCUCCUUUCUCACCAAACCUCCAAAUUGUGGUGCAAAAUUUGAAGAGGCUUAUAACUGUCGGAGAAGACAGUGGCUUGGACAACAACCACGAUUAUAGCUCGGAGUGGUUUCCGGACAGGACAAUAUUAAGGCAUCAUGAUGGGGAAGUGGAAGGAUAGUCGCCUCAGCUUGAAAAUUUUUUAGCUAAUUAUAACAGCAUAUGUAAGAUGGAACAAAAAUGUUAUUCUUACACUAAAAACGUAUUUGUAUAUAAAUAUAUAUGUGAUUUAAUUUA